AUGUAUUUCCUAGUUAACAACUCCCGACCCCCUCAACCCCCCAAAACCUCGACAUACAGCUGUUUAUUUACUGCAAACAAUAAGAUACUGCUGGAACUUUGGGUAAGGAAUGGAGAAUGCCCAGAGAUAAUUACAGGGUCCUUUUUGCUGGAGGUGGAGAAUGAUGAGAGCCUGAACUACGGUGAUGGGGAGGGAAGAGAGCUAUAG